AUGUCCCAAAUCAACUACCGCACCAUCAACGUCGACGUCCUGGACCCCGAGUCCUCGGCAAACUUCCCCAUGGAGACGCUCCUCCCGCCGACCCUCCCCGCGCCCACGACAUCCAGCGACGCCGCGGGAGUCGCCUCCCAGGUACGCCAGCUGCUCCGCUCCGGAGACCCCGAGGGCGCGCUGCGUCAGGUGCUCGAGACCGCGCCGCUGGGCGGCGACGACCGCGCCAAGGAGGUCCAUCUUGCGGCUGUCGUGGACGUGUUGCAGGGGAUUCGUCAGGGUGAGAUGAUGCGCGUGUUGGAGGGCGUUUGUACCGGUGAGGGAGGUGAUGAGAGGGCGGAUUGCUUGAUGAAGUAUUUGUAUGUUCUUCUGGCCCCUUUCCGUUUUGACCUACUCCCUUUAGGGACUCCCGAGUGGAUGGAUAGAUGGUUAAUGCUUCAUUUUCUUGGUGAUAGGUACAAGGGCAUGUCAGCCGGCGGACCUAGCAGCGGUGCCCAGUCGCCGCGCAAAUCGGUCUCGCCGCAGAGCACGGGGUUCUCGCAGAUCCAGAGCCGGAAUAUGGGCGAGGGCGGCGGCAGCCAGCAGAUGAGCGUGUUGCUGAGUUGGCAUGAGAAGUUGGUCGAGUUGACGGGGACCGGAUCGAUUGUGCGGGUCAUGACGGAUCGGAGGACGGUUUAG